AUGUCCUGCCUCGGAUCUACGAAUUCGGACUCAAUACAUUCUUUUCCGACAGGUCUGCGGAUAAAAGAAACCAAGGACGUUUACGAAGGAGAGGUUACCGAACUUACGCCCGCAGAAUCUGAGAACUCAUUGAGCGGAUAUGGAAAGACAGUCUCGCAUGUUAUUGUUGGUCUUAAAACCGUCAAAGGUACCAAGCAGCUACGACUGGAUCCCACCAUCUAUGAAGCAAUCCUGAAGGAAAAAAUUGUCGUUGGUGAUGUUAUCUAUGUAGAAGCCAACAUCAGUGCAGUCAAGAGAGUUGGACGAUCCGAUGCAUAUGCCUCCUACGAUCUCGAAUCUGAAACAUACGUGCCAUUACCGAAAGGCGACGUCCAUAAGCGGAAGGACGGAGACCAGGGCGUUGCCGAGGUUGUUCCGGGCGUAGUUUUCAUUGAUGAGGUGCAUAUGCUGGAUAUCGAGUGCUUCACCUAUCUCAAUGCCCUCCUCGAAUCGCCUGUAGCACCUACUGUAAUACUUGCCACCAAUCGUGGAAAUGCGCUAGUACGAGGGACGACCGACAUCGUCUCACCUCAUGGUGUCCCUGUAGAUUUGUUGGAUCGGUGCCUUAUUGUGAAGACUUACGGGUAUAAUCGCGAGCAGAUCGGCAAGGUGGUACAGUUGCGUGCGAACGUAGAAGGUCUUAAAUUGGGUUCUGGGGUCUUGGAGCGAAUAGCAGAGGAGGGUGAACGAGGAUCAAUGCGAUAUGCUCUGCAACUUCUUACUCCAGCUUCAAUUCUCGCUGGUCUUUCCGGGAGAAGUCCGAUAGAAGUGGAGGAUAUUGGGGAGAUGAAUGAGUUGUUCUUAGAUGCGAAGACUUCUGCAACCGAUAUUGGCGCGGAUGGAGGCUUUGACGGGGGAAAGAUGUGGUGA